AUCACGUGAGGGAGUUCUCCUGUGGACGCCUCUACUAUCGCACUUUCCACAUGGACGAGUCCAGAGACACGCUCUACGUCGGGGCCAUGGACAAAGUCAUCAGAGUCAGUAUGAACAACGUUAGUCAGACGAAUUGUGAGACGGACGCCAUUGUGCUAGAACCCACCAGUGUCUCGAAUUGUGUUUCCAGAGGAAAGUCUGAGCACUUCGACUGUCGUAAUCACAUCCGGGUCAUCCAACCCAUGUCGAGAAACCGUCUCUAUAUCUGCGGUACCAACGCCCACAACCCCAAGGAUCUGGUCAUCUACGCCAACUUGACCCAUCUGGCGCGACAUGAACACAUUACGGGCAUCGGGUCCGGCGUGGCCAAGUGCCCGUUCGAUCCCAUGGACAAUAGCACGGCGGUGUGGGUGGAGAACGGGAAUCCGGGGGCGCUUCCAGGCCUCUACUCCGGCACGGUGGCGGAGUUCACUAAGGCAGACACCGUCAUCUUCAGGGCAGACCUCUAUAACUUCACCACCAAGCGGCGGGAGUACCCCUUCAAGAGAACCAUCAAGUACGACUCCAAGUGGCUCGACAAGCCGAACUUCGUGGGCUCCUACGAAGUCGGGGAGUACGUUAUGUUCUUCUUCCGAGAGACGGCGGUCGAGUACAUCAACUGCGGCAAGAAUGUGUAUUCUCGCGUGGCUAGAGUCUGCAAGAAAGACACGGGAGGGAAGAACAUCUUGGUGCAGAACUGGGCCACUUAUCUCAAGGCCCGUCUCAACUGCUCCAUUCCCGGAGAGUUCCCCUUCUACUUCAACGAGAUCCAGUCUGUCUACAAGAUCCCUGGCGACGAUACCCGCUUCUAUGCCGUCUUCACUACUAGUAUGAAUGGUCUCAUGGGCUCGGCCAUCUGCACCUUCAGCCUCGGCGACAUCCAAGAGGCCUUCCUGGGCCGCUUCAAGGAGCAGGCGACUUCGUCCUCGGCCUGGCUCCCCGUCCUAACCUCCAAGGUGCCAGAGCCAAGACCUGGCCAGUGUGUCAACGACACCCAGACGCUGCCAGAUAAUGUGUUGACGUUCCUGCAAUCACACCCGCUGAUGGAUGAGGCGGUGGCACACGAGCACAACAAACCCGUGUUCUUCAAGAGGGACCUGAUCUUCACUCACCUGGUAGUCGACAAGGUCACUGGGGGAACCUAUGGUCAAGAGAACAUCUACACUGUCUACUACGCUGGUUCUUUGGAGGGUCGAGUGUACAAGGUGGUAGAAUGGCUGGACGAAGAUGGAGUCUCGCGUUCGGAGCUCCUGGAUGUCUAUGAGGUCACCACUCCAGAGCCAAUAAGGGCCAUACAGAUUUCCAAAAAGCACAAGUCUUUAUAUGUGUCAUCUGACACUCGAGUACGCCAAGUGGACCUGUUUAUGUGUCAUGGUCGCUAUGACAACUGCCUCCGAUGUUCUCAUGAUCCCUACUGUGGCUGGGAUAAGGAUGCUAAUAUAUGCAAGCCUUAUCAGCCUGGACUACUUCAAGAUGUUACAGGCUCAACUCCAGGACUCUGUGAUGCUUGCAUUGCUAAGAAAAAGAUGGUGGUGACAUGGGGCCAGAGCAUCCACUUGGGCUGUGCCGUUAAACUUCCCCGUCCCAUCUCUUUAAAAGAUAUCACCUGGCACCACUACUCAAAGGAUAAGGGCAAAUACCAGAUUAGAUAUAGGCCCGACAAGUACAUAGAGACAUCAGAGCAUGGUUUGGUGGUGAUGAAUGUCAACGAGGCCGAUGCCGGUCGUUAUGAUUGCAAAAUGGGUGGAGAUAUUGUAUGUUCAUACAAUAUCACUGUAGAUGCUCAUCGCUGUUCAGCUCCAGGCCGCACCAAUGAUUUCCAGAAGGUGUACAGCGACUGGUGUUAUGAGUUUGAGAAGUACAAACUGGCAAUGAAGACUUGGGAGAGAAAACAAGCGCAAUGUGCCAAUAGGAACAACAUCAGCCAACAGAACAGCCAUCCCAAUGAUAUAUACGCCAGGAGUAACCCCUUUGUCUGAUCACGUCCAGUACAUGAAGACUUGUCUCAUAAAGCUGUAGAAGUAGAUGCGACAGGAACCUUCCUUCCUUAUGAUGGUCAAGCAUAUGCCUGUUGUAAUUGGUUCAGCAUCUGUAAAUCAUUGAAAAUAAUAUGAUGUGUAAUUUUUGUUAGAGUAAACCAAGAUAUUUAUUUUAAUAUUUAAAAGCAGUAAUUAUAGUUCAAAAAAUUAUGAAAGUGAAUGUUUCAAACAAAAAAAAUAAUAAUUUGAUUUUUUUUUAUAAGAAACAAAUUUGAUACCAUAAAAGUUAAUAUCUUAUUGUUUUAAUAAUUAUAUUGAGUGAUGGUGCCACCAGAAGAAAGGUGCUAAUAACAGUUGGUGCCAGAUGAAAACAGGUCAAAACCAAUACAAGAUCUUGACAGGCAACUUGACCCAAAUACUCCAAUAACAAUCAGGGUACCGUUAGCUAUUGACAUGUGUUAAGUUUCUUUUCCGCCACUCCUGAUAAGACGUUAUGACUGUACGAGGGAGUCCCCCCCUAGGCCUAGUUCUUGCUCCUGGACAAUCGCCUGUGGGCAUUAUUGCUUUUUGCAUUCUAAGAGCUUGAGUGAGCAGUGGAUCUUAGAACUUCUGGAUUUUAGUUCAGUGUGAAAGAAUGGAGCCGUGAGGUAUGGACUUCCAGACGUAUCCUUACAGGAGGCCGCUCUCCCUUAUUAAUCGAGUGUGACAAGGACACAUGGUUUAGUGAUAUAAACAUAAAUCCCCUCCCAGGCUGAUGGAAUGGUGCAUUUUUAUGGCAACAAAAAUGAAUAAUAAAUAAAGAAAGGUUCCUGGUAGGCUUUUAGAGUGAUGCUGUUUGUGAAAGGUAUUUAUUUAUUUUCAUUGUGUGUGGGAUGCAGAGAAAACGGUGAAGAGGAGCUCCAAGUAUUCACUCGAGCAGCCUGUGGAAACCUGAUCUUGAUUUAGAAUAUUGUUGAAAUCAUUAAUGCGAAUAAUUGCAGUAAUAAAAUCUAGCCUUCCUCAGGUUGAAAAGUCCCCAAUUUUGUAUCUUAUUAAAGGCAUUUGGCUGAAUUUUAAUCCUGAUAUUUUGUAAGCAUUUUCUAAACUACCUCUGCCUUGUCAUGAUUGUUAUCAUUAAGAAAGUUAAUGAAGGACUAAGAAUAAAACUAAUAUCAGGAAAUCUCCAUCCACAUACCGAGAAUAUUUUGUGGUUCCUUAAAGAAUAAAUAAUAACUUAAAUAAAUAAAUAAAAUAAAUAACUUUAAUGGAAGUACAAUUGCUGAAGGAUGUGUUUUUAUUAAAAAUAAAUGUUUCCAUUAAAUUCAAUAAUUAUAGACAUGUAAGAAGGUGAAAAAGAAAAGAUGAAGGAUUAACAGAUGUUUUGGGAUACUUAAGGGUGAUGUGUGAACAAGACUUCUUUUAUACAGCUCAUUUUUAGACUCGUCUUGUAAUAUACACAUACGUUGGAACAUUCUCUUAAGGUGACCACUUUAGUCGAAACCAAUCAUAUCCUUUCAUAGACCCAAGUAUAUCCUUAUAAAAGCCAGUCCCAUAAAUAUUACAGAAUCUGCUCCAGCUGUCUCAACUCGAUAAGUGGCUAAUAGAUACAUAAAUAAAUUGCACCCGUGUAUCUUAGUUUUAUGCAGCUCCCCUUUUGAGAAAGUUCCAUUUCACAUGCCGAUCCACGCUAAGAUUUUCGUUUUCUGUCCUGUGAUACGCGCCAAUUUUGUAAGACUCGUACAUAAUAAUAUUGCUCCAUAUAAGCAGGUUAGUAACACUUCAGUAUAAGUAAUGAAAUGUAAAUAUGUGUGUGUCUGCUGUUUAUUUCCUUAGGAAGUACCAGUUUAUGGCCUGCUACACUUUGGGUCAUCAACAUGCUAGAAUGACUUGUUUAAAAAUUACUGUUUACAUUCAUCAAUGCCCAGAUAAACAGUGUUCAUCUGAUUAAAUUACAAAUUCAAAGGUAUAGUAUAUUAUGAGCUUCUAUUUUACACACAACAAUAUACUGCAUUUUGCGCCUCAAACUUUAAGGAUAGAGAUUCGGAAAUCUGUAAUUUUGUUUUUAAUGCUACUUUCAGCCGGACAAACAAUAUUAAUUAAUAGAGAGCAUGGCAUUCUAGCAUGGGAUGGACUAUUUCAAUAUGCUUGUUUUGGGUUGUGAGUGAUGGGCUACAGACUGAACGUGUAACUGACGUGACAUUCAAGAUCUUUGAAUGAAUAUGACUUAAAGGUAUUUCUGUUUUGCUGCCAUUGCAGUAUGUACAGUACAGUAUUUUUUAUGUAAUUUGAACCGUAAACAACAGUACAUUUUAUCUUUUAAUUUCCAACGGAAAAGCUUUUAAUACUUCUCUGCAUUUGUAGGUUUGAUUUAAUUUUAAGUUAUCUGUUAGAUAAUUCUCAUGAUAUAUUUUCACUUAAUUUAGCUGUUCUAUACAGCUGUAAAAUUUGUUCAGAAUAUUGAACCGAAAAAUGAGGCUUAAGAUUUGCCUGUAGGCUAUGAUCUAGGAGUUUGUAAUGUGAAAAUAUUCCUGUAAAAUAAAAUUUCUUUUUUA